AUAAAUCGAACUGCACCGAGAGAAACAGACUGGUGUAAAAUGGCGUCACUUCUUCCAAAAGACGGUGUCCUUCUCGACAUUACAGGGCAAGCUCCUGCGCCUUCAAAGAAUUUUAACGAAUUCAAGAUCACCACAUCAGAAGUAAUCUGGAGAACAUGGGUGAUCACACUCAGAAAUGAUGCCAAGAGACUGAGUCCCGGUGCUACGGUUGAGCCAUUGGAAGACUUUCAAUAUGAUGACAGAAUGCAGUUUGAUGUUGGCAAUGUAUUUGGUCAAGGAACUUUGGACUACGCCACGCUGCUUUCUCAAGGUGUUUUCGACUAUAUCAUGAGGGUCCCCCAGCCUUUGAUGCUGUACAUGUUGUCUUUUCUAGAGUUAGAAGAUAUCGCCAGAAUGUCACAGACUUGCAAGGCUUUUUACGAGCUCUGUGGUGCUGAGGCAUUGUGGGAGCAGAUCUACGAGACGCACUGUGGUACGACCGUCACGGAUGAGAUGAAAUCUUUGGCCGAGGAGAUGGGAUGGAAAAAGAUGUUCUUCACAAAUAAGCUUCAACUCCAGGUCAAACUCCGAAGACAUACGCAAAGGAUCAAAUCUCCAGACCCCAGCGCCGCCGGCAGAGCUUUCCUGACGGAGGAUGAUUAAAACCAGACGCAACAAUAUAAUAAUGAUGAAAUGAAGUGUCCUUUACCGGUGAGAGUGGGGUCAUGAAAAGAUGACUUCUUCUGCCGAGAGCCAGAAGGGCGUUAUCCGUAUGGAAACAAAAUAGGAUUAUUAAUCCACACUCUUCUGACUCUCAGCAGAUGAAAUUGCAAGUGUUUUCUUGGGUUGUGUUAGAAAUUGACAGUUAUUUUUCCCCGACUGUGAAAGAGUCCUUUACUGUUCUCGAUGCAGACACAAGAUGAUGAGAUUGUCAGCUCAGAACCUCAAGGAUUUAUCUACUAUAAAAAGUACCCUUUUGAUCGUCAGCAGACAGAAUUGCAAGUGUUUUCUUGGGAUGUGUUAAAAUUUCCAGUUUGUUGGACUGUUAAAGUGUUCUUUACGUUUGUGGAUUGGGCACAAGAUGUGGAAAUUUUCUUGUGGUUGCCAGAAGGAUGUUAUCACAAUGCGAUGUACCAUUUUUUAACGCCCUUCUGAUGUACUCACAGUAGAUUACCGGUAGACUGUGUUUCCUGGGACUAAGUUAGAACUAAGUAGUGUCCUCUGAUGCAAGGAGCCACCUAAUAGUGUCAGUCAUGGCUGAAUUAUGGGAUAGGAUCUAGCAUAUAACAGCUUGUCUUAAAAUCCAUUUUUUGGUUCUGAUGAUCUCCUGAAAGGAAACAAUUGACGGUUUAAAUGUAGGUUCAUUUACAGGAAUAUAAAGCAGAUAUUGAUGUUGGUUGAGUGGUUUUGAAUGAAGUUUUUUAUAAUUACAUUAUCAGGUUUGUGGCCUUCUAUGUAUAUAAAGAUUCUAUGCUGCAAAUCUAGCAGAAUGUACUA